AUGGCUCAUCUGAGCACUCUCAUCCUUGAGCAGGUUGUAGGACAAGACCUCUUAGCUGUUGAGAUGGCUGAAGAGCGCUGUCAGGCAUAUAACAUACCAUUUAUUCGUAUAAGCCCAAAAGGAAUCAAAGAGCGUAUCGAUCAAAUCGACGACAGCAAGCUUAUGGAUAUGAUUUGGACAACCCUAAUGUGGCUGGUACGUGGAGCUCCAGAACUGAGAUUGGAGAGAGUUGGGGUAAAGCUGGGCGGGAUGGGGGAUGAAAUUGAAAGCAGAAGUAGUUUGUAA